UCCUCAAAAGGAUUUGGGUUUUAUUAAGAGAUGCAAAGACAUCAGAAGCCAGUUAACAGAGGAAGUGCAGGUGGGUCAUCGAGAGCAGCAUAAGAACAACAUUAAAGGUCUGUAAAAAGAGGUGUGAAAAAAAGAUGGUGCAAACUGUCGUGUUCCUUCUUCUGCUCAACAUCUCGGCCUGCUGCGGUUUUGGCUUUAAAGGCUGCACCCUGAACCUCCCCGUGACAGACGUCUUGUGGUGCUCCAACCGGAACAUCGCUAACCUCUCUGAUGUCGUUAGCAUGUUCCCAGAAAACAUAUCAACAAUCCACCUGUCCAGGAACAAGAUCACCGUCAUCCCACCUGGAUCAUUCAGUAAAAUGCUCAGGCUCAAACGCCUGGACCUGAGCUACAACCAUCUGGCCUUUCUGAAAGGAGGACAAUUCAGAGGCCUGGGGGUCCUUGAUUUUCUCAACCUCACCGGUAACAACAUCUCACACAUCUACUCCGAUGGCUUUGAUGGACUCACCAGGCUCCAGACCCUGCUUCUGACCCACAACACACUCACAACAAUCUCUCUGGGUGUCUUUAAGUUCCUCCCGGCGAUUCAACAAGUCAAUCUGUCCCUGAACAUGCUCAAGGCCUUCAGCUGCGGGGACUCCGGUGGAUCGUCCACUCUUCGUCAGCUCGAUCUUUACGCAAACAACAUCCAGAGGUUUAACGUGAGCUGUUUCCCCGCCCUAGAGUACAUCAGGCUGUCCAACAACUCAAAGCUGGAGCUACAGGCAGAUGUGUUUGCCUCCAACCCCAGGCUGAAGAGUCUGCUUUGUCAAGGAAUUAAAGCAGAAGUGCUGAUGGGACUCUCCGCAGAGACGAAGAAGAAUCUCUCUUGGGUGGCAUUUUCUCUGUUUGUGCAGAAGUCUCCAUUGACUAUCUGUGGAUUGCUGAAAGGAAUGGACCAGCUUGAGAAAGUAGAGAUUGACUUGAAAGGAUCCCGGUUACGACGGACUACCUCCAGCCUGCUGGACUGUGACACUCCACCUGUGGUCGUAAUUAACGAUGCAAACCUCGGGGAUGUCGGCCACCUGUCGUUGGGUCGGGGUAACACGAGCAUACUUUCUCUCAACAACUGUGGCUUGAAGCACAUUUCUCGUACUACAUUUAAGGGUUACCGAGGAUUGAAAACGCUGCAGCUGAAUAAAAAUCAGCUCAAAAUUCAGCGGGACACAUUCAAUGAUCUGACCCUCCUCACGUUCUUAAGCUUUGACAGAAGCGAAGUUCGUGAUAUUGACCUCUACUUCUUCGCCCCUCUGAAGAAGCUGACUCACCUGUCACUCCUGAAUAAUAAAAUCACAAGGUUGACACCAAAGGUAUUCAGCGCCCUCACUCGACUUGAGCAGCUCUACUUGCAGUUCAACCUGCUGAAAUCCAUCACCAAUAAGCCCUUCAGUCAGCUGCGGAGGCUAACGAAGCUCAACCUCAGCUUGAACAUCAUUCAUUUCAUCGAAACCGGCACCUUCGAAGACCUGACAAAUCUCAUAUACCUGAACUUAAGUGGGAACCGCAUCAAGACGCUGACACCAUAUAUUCUGUCUGGCCUCACCAAUUUGAGGACAUUUGUUCUGUAUAAUAACUGCCUCCAUUUUAAAAUCUUUGAAGCUCCUUUCAUCAACCUUACUUCUCUGGAGCAUCUCAACAUGGACUACCAGGGGCCCGGAGGUCAAGGCAUUGGUAUCAUUGGACCACAUUUCUUCCAAGGUCAAAGCAGACUUACAUCGGUCAGCAUCGGGAACAGCAUCCUGAUGGAGUUCCAUCCUGAUGCCUUCGUUCCUCUGGUCAAUUUGACAUUCCUGUACAUAACUGGCAUGGCUAUGACAAAGACGAACCUAAGCGCAGCGUUGUCCCCUCUGAAAAGGCUGAAGAUGCUGAUUCUGUACAGAGCAGACCUUGAUGCUCUGCCUGCUAACCUGAUGCCUCCAGAUAACACACUGGAGGUUCUCGAAGUCAAGUCAAACCACCUGCACACUGUGGACAAAAGGAUGCUGGAUGCUCUGCCAAGAUUGCUUUCCUUGGACAUUACAGACAACCCACUUACCUGUACCUGUGAUAACUCCUGGUUCAAGACCUGGGCCAUCCACAACACUCGAACACAGGUGUCCUUCCUGUACGACCUGAAGUGUGAAAACGCCAGAUCAUCUCCCUACCUGUGGCAGUUUGACGACAAGGCCUGCUCCUAUGAACAGGUUUCCUUCUCUCUCUUUGUGGCCUGCUCUGUGGUGGACAUCGUGUUUGUAUGCGUGUGUCUGGCCUGGCACACACAGGGCCCCACUCUGCGCUACCUGCUGCUCGUCCUCAGGGCAAAACUGCGUGGACGUAAGGGGGCAGCAGGGCUCAAAUUCCAGUAUGACGCAUUCAUCUCCUACAGCGCAAAGGAUGAGGCCUGGGUGAUGGAACAACUGGUGCCCAAUCUAGAGAGGCCUGCUGCUGGUGCACCGAGGCUCAGGCUGUGCCUCCACCACAGAGACUUCCGCCCCGGUGCUGCUGUUUUAGAUAAUAUCGAAGCCGCCAUUUACGGCUCUCGCCACACCAUCUGUGUGGUGACGCGUCACUUCCUGCAAAGCGAGUGGUGCUCCGUGGAGUUUCAGCUGGCCAGUCUGAGGCUUUUAUACGAUGGCAGUGAUGUCCUGCUGCUGGUGUUCCUGGAGGAGAUACCUGAGCGCUGCUUGUCUCCCUACACACGCUUAUGCAAGAUUGUUCGCAAGAAGACCUACCUGCUGUGGCCUGAGAAACCCCAGGAGCAGGACGCUUUCUGGGUCAGACUGAUCGAUGCUUUGAAAGACGAGGAGGGAGGAAGAGGCGGAGAACAUGAUUUGGCACGGCUAAUUGGCUAGACCAAAUGCUAACUCUUUCAACAUACCCAGAAUUAUAUUUUCACAGCCUGACAGAUAUAGAUAUCUAUAUCUAUAGAUAGAUAUAGAUAGAUCUAUAGAGAGAGAAGCUAUGUAUGUGUUCUAUUGCUUUUACAUGACGUGUUGGAAAUAUUGAAAAUGUAUGACUUGCUAUAUAAUAAACGUCACCUGAUACUUUG